CCAGCCCUGUCUAUAUUUCAGGUGCAUCUUGCAGGGCCUCGUCAUCCCAAAGCUGAGUUCCCCUCCGCUUCCGAGGUUUCGUUCUCGUUUGCUUUCCUUGCAUUGCAUGUCAGUCGUCGUAACGCAGUGUGGUAAGAAACAGGAAGACCACCUCUCACAGCUUCCACAAAACGAUCCCUCCUUCCCUCGACCUUUCAUGUGAUGCUGUCGGACCAUGACCCUCUAAGCUGCGAAACGUGCACAAUGGCACCACCGGAUCCUCAGCGAUGGACGUACACAGACUAUGUCUGCUUUCUGAGAAGUCACGGCUUUCACAACCUCACCUGUCUGGAUGACUAUCUUCGAUGGGGUGUAGAAGCAACUCACAAUCCCUCGGUACCUAGACCUCAAUCAUCAACGACAAUAUUGCUUGAAUUUGGCACGUCCAGUUUUCGCACCUCAGACCUGACCGACGCCAGCAAGCUAAGAGUUUUGCUGAAAGAAUGGACGAGGAAGACUCCUUCAACACCAACCACGCCUACCGCUUCGAAAGUGCAAGGGCGAAUCAUCAUGGUCAACAAUGCCAGUCCUGAAAUGAUAGAUACACUUGGGGGCCUUCUAAACAUUGAACCAGCGUUCUUCGCCUCUCACAUCGCCGACCAUGGUAUCGGAAGCAUGGGCGAAGUCCAUACAGCUUCACCACUAGCAUCUCAAAAUCUACGACAUCAGCAGCAGUUCUUCACAAUCGAGUAUCCAUGCGCGUUUAUUGCACAUGGUUGUGGCAAGGAUGUCGACAUAGAGAAGCUUUACUGCAAGGGCAACUACCGCCGAAGAGUCGAAGUAUGCUCCAAAUACGGGAAGAACAAGGUGGCCCUGGCUCGGCGGAAGAUCUCCUUCUACAUGAAAAAGUCGUUGGAUCCGUGGCUAUGCGUCGUACUCGUUGAUCCACCCAUCAGCCAUUUCACGCUCGGCGCCGAAAACACAUUCGGCGCGUACUCACCCACCCAACGCCUCGAUGUCAGCGGGUUCCACGGUGGUUACCUCGACUUCAUCGAAAUGCGUCGCCCAACAAGCAAGGAAGGCCACGACUUCCGGCACUGCGGUGCGAAGCCCAUGUGCCCGAAUGCAUUCGACGAUCUAUGUCGACAUUGGGCGAUCAUGGCGCGGGACGGCCUCAUGAAUCCAUCAGAUACCAAUAUGAUCAAUAUAAUGCGACCUGCGUUCCAGAUCGCCGCAAGCGAAUGCACAAAUUUCUUCGACUACAUCCGCACGACGCUCGAAUUCCAACCCAUCACCACCGCUCUGGCGCUGGAACCGCCCAAGGCAAAGCGCAUCCUUGACAAGAUCAUCUCUCUUGACUCAAUGCUUAGCCGGUACAAACCUAUCCUCACGAAAAUAAAGUCGAUCGUCUCCUCGGACUCGGAUCUGAACGAUGAUUACCGCUCGCUAUUGAUCGACCUACACCACUACCGUGCCGAGUGCGAUUCGCAAAUGCAGCACAUACUCGCCGUGUCGCAAUGUCAUGACACCGCUUCGCUCACGUCCAUUGAGGUCGAUUCAGGCCGCCAAGCGGACUAUUCGCGGUACUUGGUCAUCAUUGUGCUCAUAUAUGUGCCUUUCGCACUGGCCUGUGCAAUAUUCAGCUUGCCGCACGACUUCGCCCCUGCGGCACACUACAUGUACUAUCUGCUACCCAUAACGGCAGUAGUAGUGGUUCUGUUGAUCCUGCUGGUUUUACCGGAGGCGAGAGAUCCAUUUCCCGGUAUCAAGGCCGCAAUGUGCGGGAAGUUGUAUAGAAAAACACUGCUGGCCAAGCCGAAAGUUCGGAAUUCAUCCUCGGCCGUCAACGAGAAAAGGAUGGUGGAGGAGGUAUGACCUCCAACAAGGCAGAAGUUUCUGAUACCUGCAGGCGUGCGGAGAUGCUGUGAUUGUGGUAACGGAACACGCUGAUGAGCAGAAGCUGAUACACCCAGCAGCAAGCGUGAGCGCUGGGCAAGCCAUGACCAGGCGUGAGAACCACUCUGAGGGUAUGUCCAGGGGAUACAGCAUGCGUCAACAACAUUCUAUUCCACAUGACGAGCCAUAGGGAGACUCAAGUCGUUCACCAUUCUUGAACGUUCUGGUCUACUCUCCGACGCAGAACACUGGCAGCAGCACAGACCGCGUCCCAUAUAUGUGGACCACUGAGGACGAAAGCCGUCAGCGAAAACUCACACAGACAUGAAGAAGCCGACGCAGAUAUACAAUUCA